AUGGGAUCGAUCGGACUCCUCCUCAGCAGCCGUCUCUAUGAACCCGGGCGUGCGAAAGUCCCCUGCGCCUCGGAGUACUUUGCAAGCCCAGAGCUGCGGCGGGGUCUGCUGCCCCUGAUGUUGGCGGAGGUCCUGCAGCUGCGGGCUGAGACCAAGCGCCUGGCCAAGCAGAGCUCCACCUCAGCUGCCGCAGCCAAGCGCCUGGAGCACAAGCAGUUUGCUCUCAAGUACUUCGCCAACGUGACCUAUGGCUAUUCCUCGGCAUCGUUCAGCGGCCGCAUGCCUUGUUCAGAGAUCGCGGACUCCAUCGUGGCCACGGGCCGGCGUGCCUUGGAGGAGGCAGCGAACUUUAUCGAGGCAACUUGGCCAGGGGCCAAGGUCAUCUAUGGCGACACCGACUCCGUCUUUGUCCAGCUCAGGGGGUACUCGUUGGAGGAGGCCUUCAAAGCCGGCAGAGACAUCUGCUCCCAGGUUUCGGCGAAGCAUCCUCACCCAGUGGAGCUGGAGUUCGAGAAGGUGUACAUGCCAUGCCUUUGCUUGACAAAGAAGCGCUACGGGGGCUUGGCCUAUGCCAAGCCUCCCUCUGAGGGGGGGGUCGGCAGCUUUGAGGCGAAGGGGCUGGAGGCCAUUCGGCGGGACCAGUGCCGUUUGGCCAGCAACGUGCAGCAUGAGAUCCUGACUGAGUUCUUCCGAACCAAGGACCUGUCAGCCGCAAAGCGUGUCUUCGUGGACCAUGCGGCAGACCUGCUCAAAGGCAGCUACGAUGGAAGGCACACACUGACUGACCUUUCCUUCUUCCGCGAAGCGCGGCUUGGGACGUACCGGGCCGAGGCGGAGGACGGCGGCAGCGCCACCCUUCCCCCACAGGCAGUUGCUGCAAAGAGCCGCAUCGCUGCAGAAGGGGAGUCUGCCGCCCCCGAGUACGGCGAGCGCGUGUCCUUCGCGGUUGCCCUGGGCCCCGUAGGUGCUCGUCUGGUCGACCGCUGUGUGCCUCCCGCGGCACUGGCAGAGGUGAGACCACGUAUCUCACAGCCGAGCUUUCUUCUGCAGCAGCUCGUGGAGUACCCGGUGGUGGUGCGUGUGCCGGAGACCAGGCCCUACACCGUUUCGGGGUAUCCCCGACCUGGAGCCACCUAUGGGCCUGGAGCCAGCUAUGGCCCUGGCGCCUUGUCCCUCGGCCCGGGCGCCAGCAUGCCGGUGGUGGAGGCAGACACAGGGAACGACCGCCGCCCUUCCACUGGCCAGCUGCCGCGGGCGCUCCGCGUGGCUGCCCGGCGCGUGCAGAUCCGGAGCGCGCCAGUGCGCGAUAGUUUCUGCGAGAGCUCUGGUGGCUGGGUUGAGCUUCACUUCGCCCAUGGUGGCAAAGGCCGGGCAAUCCCCCGAUCUGCCCGUUUUGCCGCGCCGUUGCUUGGGGACUUCUUCGGGUUUGUGGUCGACACCCGGUACGGCUGGCACGGUGAUGCUCGGGAGUCCCAGGGUGGCGUGGAGGCCUGUUAG